UAUAAGGACCCCGCCACCUGAAGCUCUCAAAGACCAAGAUCUCUCCAGCUUUACUCUGCACUAGGAGCUACAAGGACUUUGAAGGUUCCUGCUUCGCUUCUCUGACUGACCUUUCUACGCACUUUAACUUCAACUAUUUUGUCAGCAUGCAGCUUUUGGCCAGCCUUGUGUCUCUCUUGUUGGUUCUGUAUAGCGUCAGAGCAGCAGCUUUGCUUCCAGUGGAGGAGAGGAACCUGGCACAAAGUAGGGAGCUGAGUAAAGAGCGUAAGGAGCUGAUCCUGAAGCUGAUCUCUGGGCUGUUGGAUGGAGUAGACAACAGCGUGCUGGCUGGCGAGAUAGCACCGGUCCCCAUGGAUGCGGAGGAGCCCCUGGAGUCCCGUCUGGAAGAACGGGCCGUCUACAACCGGUUAUCACAGCUGCCACAGCGCGACCGCAAAGCCCCCUGCAAAAACUUCUUCUGGAAGACCUUCACAUCGUGUUAACAGCGCCAGUCCUGCAACGAUCCCGCGAUCCGCCCUGAUACCUGACAUGAACUGUGUAGACCUCCACUGUACAUACACCAUCUCCAGUGUCUGAAGAAAGAUCUCUGUGGACCUACUCUGACACAGUCUGUUUGUUAAAGACAUUGAUGAUUAUAUUUAUUUAUUUAUUUAUUUAUUGAUCGAUUAAGCUAUUUAUGGACCUUUGUUGUUUUUCAGCAUUAAAAAAAAAAAAAGAAUAAAGCAUGGUUAAGAUA